UCUUGCCUUUAUUUUUGCUCCCAUCUUUGUAAUCUGAGUCGUUGCAGCAUCUGUUGUGGCUGUAAAAAAACCUGCAGCAUUACUGCAUUUCCAUGCUUAUCACAAUUCUGGCUUUGCAUUCUUUCUGAUCAGAUCACAGAACUAUUUGAAGGAACUAAAAAAAUGAGGACAAGAAAGCUGCUCUAUGCAACAGAGAAAUUCUGGGUGGACAAGCACUUAUACGAUGAAGCGGAGAGGCUACACUAUGAACGAGAAGCAACGUUAGCAGCCUCUGCCGCUGGAACCUGCCAAGAGAUGGUGGCAGUAAAUGGCUUUUGCCAUGAGGAGCCUGCUGAGGAAGAGCUGAAAGAAGACCUACCAAGGGCAGGAAAUAGAAGGAAGCAAAAGAAAAGGAAGUCCUCGCCCAAAGCCAAGCCUUCAGAGUCAAAAGUAGAUAUUGUCCUGGCCGGGUUGUUGGCUGACCACGUAUGGUUUGACAAGCCUCUUUAUGACCUGGCAGAAGCUGCCUACUGGAAGAAACUUACGGAAACUUUUUCGCAGGCACCUUUGGAGAAGCUGCCUUCUGAGCAGUCUGCCCUGGUGCCAUGGUCAGAAGCAGAGUUCAUCCAAAGUGGUGCUGAGCCACAAAAAAACUUGACCAUAUUAAGCUGCAGCCAUGGUAGUCUGAUGGCCUGUCACCACAUUAUUCAGGACGUUUGGGUCAAUAAGUUCAACUUUGAUGAAGCUGAGAAGAUGUUUGUCAAAAGAUCCCACCUACUGGUUCUGCCAAACUUCCUAGAGCUUCCUUUUGUGCCAUCGCACACCAGCAUUGGGCAGAAAACACCAGACGAAGGCUACGCAACUGGACUACCUACUCCUUCAACACCAGCCCAUCCUGUAGAUACAGUGGUUCAACCUAGUGCUUCAUUUACUAGUCCAAGUCUUCCAGAUGCUUCAAACCAGACAGUAAAUGGGAAACCACAGGUGUCCAGUUUGCAGGCCCUGGUUUCGGAAGUGUGGCUGGAGAAGCCAGUCUAUGAUGAUGCAGAGAGAUGCUUCUAUGCAAACAUGUUUGAUGGGCACCCUCCAGGAAAGGUGAGGGUGCAGGAGCAAGUGGGGCCAGAGUCUUCAAAGAGAUGCCGGAAGGACAAAAAGAGCCGUAACACAGGGAAACAGGCAGGAGGCAAGAGGGGGAGUGUGGCCUUCUCUGCCGUCUCAUCUCAAGACGCUGUCCCCUCAUCACCUACCUGGUAUUUCAUGCACAAGGAUAGCGAGUCUCCAUGGUUCAGCAAACCCACAUAUGACAGUGCUGAAGCACAGUACUAUGCCUCCAAAGCUUCAGAGCUGGCAAGCAAGGAAGAGGGCACCAAAAUGCCUGAGACGAUGCUAGGAGAGCCAUCACAACCUUCUACCAGGGCUUCGAGCGAACCAGAGUCUAAUGCUAAGAAAAUGGCAGCCAACUUCCUCAUGCAUGAGAACAUUUGGUUUGAUAAGUUCAAAUAUGAUGAUGCUGAAAAGAGAUACUAUGAACAAAUGAACGGUCCAGUUCUCAGCUCUUCUGGCCAGCAGGAGAACGGAGCCAGCACGAUCCUACGCGACAUUGCCAGAGCCAGGGAGAAUAUCCAGAAGUCGCUGGCCGGACUCAAGACAGUUCUGCACAACCCUCCCGAAGCCCCUCGUGCUGGACGCAAGAAGCAAUCUGGUCGUGCGACUAGUGCUGGCAGUUCUUCUCCUGCAGGUCCUGCUGGGGACCAAGGUGAGCUGGUCAUCAGGAUCGCAAACCUAGAGGCAGAGAAUCAAAACCUUCACAGUGUGGUUGUGGACCUGCAGCUUGCCAUUUCCAGACUAGAAUGUCGCCUGAAUGUGCUGGAAAAAACAUCUACCUCUCAUCAUCCUUCCCCACCACCACCGACACAGCAUGUCACCCCCAUGAAGAAGGUGGAACCGCUUGCCAUUUCAUCAAGGAAAGUUGAGCUGCCUUCAGCUUUGCCUACAAAGAAAGCAGAGUCCCUUGCGGCCACUGCAGAAGAAGAUGAUGAUGACAUUGACCUAUUUGGAAGUGAUGAGGAGGAGGAAGAUCAGGAAGCUGCCAGAAUUCGGGAAGAGCGACUAAAACAGUAUGCAGAGAAGAAGUCAAAGAAACCAGGCCUGAUUGCAAAGUCCUCCAUUCUCUUAGAUGUCAAGCCUUGGGAUGAUGAGACAGACAUGGCCAAGAUGGAAGAAUGCGUUCGAUCCAUUCAGAUGGAUGGCCUGGUUUGGGGGGCCUCCAAGUUGGUCCCAGUAGGCUAUGGCAUCAAGAAGCUCCAAAUCCAAUGUGUGGUGGAGGAUGACAAAGUCGGGACAGAUAUACUGGAGGAAGAAAUCACCAAGUUUGAAGAUUAUGUGCAGAGCGUUGACAUAGCUGCGUUCAAUAAGAUCUAACAGCAAUUCUUUACACUUCCUCAAGUUAAUAAAAGGUCAGGGGUUGAAGAGCAA